AUGCUGACAUUCCGAUACCGUGCCACUCUCAUUCCCUACGUCCCCGCCCCGGUCAAGUCUCUGUUUCCGGGUCUUGCCCGCUACACCCCAUUGACCACAUUCGCCGAGCAAGUUGACGCGGGAUUAACUUCUACGACGUUUGAUAUCGAGGCGAAUGUCAGGGAGGGUGACUCCAGGGCUGGUUUAGAUGAGCGUGGUACACAGGAGGUCCUGGAGAUCAUGCGCCGUGAACGGGUCAACUUCGACCAAGCGAGGUUGAUUCGUCAGAACCAAAUCCUUGCAGCAAAUGGCAUCGACUCCUCAGGGAUGCCCACGGAUGCGAAGGCAAUUACCCGUCUAUGA